GUGCGCACGGGCCGCGAUGUGGUGAUUGCUGCCAUGCUCGGGGCCGAGGAGAUUGCCAUGACGACGGCUCCUCUCAUCACGCUGGGAUGCAUCAUGAUGAGGAAGUGCCACCUGAACACCUGCCCGGUGGGUGUGGCCACGCAGGAUCCAGAGCUGCGCAAGAAGUUCACAGGUCAGCCCGAACAUCUCAUCAACUACCUCUUCAUGGUAGCUGAGGAGGCGCGAGAGAUCAUGGCCUCUCUGGGCAUCAAGAAGUUCAACGACCUCAUCGGCCGAACCGAUCUGCUUCGGCCAAAGGGCUACCUGAAGGACAACCCGAAGACCGCCGACCUGGACUUCGCCGAUCUGCUGAAGCCGGCCUGGACCAUGGAGAACUCCAUGAGCAACAUUGCCGAGCUCCCUAUGUACUGUUGCGAGCCGCAAGACCACGAGCUUGCCCAUGCUUUGGACCAGAGCCUCAUAAGCCGCUGCGCACCAGCGCUGCAGGACAAGGAGAAGGUCCACCUGAAGGGCAUCAACAUCAACAACGUGGAUCGCUCUGUGGGAGGCAUCCUCAGCUUCGAGGUCAGCAAGAAGUUCGGCGCUGUGGGCCUGCCGGAGGGCACCCUCCACGUGUCCUUCAUCGGAAGCUCAGGACAGUCCUUCGGCAACUUCCUGGCUCCCGGAAUCACCUUCGAACUCGAGGGCGACGCCAACGACUACAUUGGCAAGGGCAUCAGCGGCGGCACUCUGGUUGUCUACAAGCCAAACCAG